GCUGGUGAGACCAAGACUAACCUGGUAUUUGCAGUGAUGUAAUAUCAUCUACAGUUCUAAUGUGAUCCAUGUGGAACGAGGAGCAUGACAUAUAAGAAGUGAAAUAAAUAAGCAUUUAUUUACCACUCAUAGGCUUCCAAGGGAAUAUUCCAUGCUGUAGUUUAGAACCCAUCCGCCCAUGCCUUUCAUGUAAAGGAGAAGACAUGACGCUGAUGUUGUUUCUGCUUAUUGUGAGCCAAGCUACUGCUGCACCCAGACCUUCAGAAAGCGAAUCGUGCUUGUUAGACAUCUCCGAACUCCAGCACACGAUUAAAGGUCUACAGAAUCAGUUACUGAUCGGAGAGUGGCAGAUGAAGGAACUCACAGAAAACAGCUGGAUGUACAGUCGGGUGCUUUCACAAAAUUCAACCAAGCAAACAAAUGAACACAUAACGCUUCUGCCAACCACCAGUGGGAACCUCAUUGUCUAUGACCAUGAUUGCUCUAUGUUGUAUGACAGACAGAAGGCUCCAAGUGGGUACUAUCGGAUCAAACCCAAGACUGCUGCUGAGCCUUUCCUUGUGUACUGCGACAUGGAGGAUGGGGGCGGGUGGACUGUCCUGCAACGGAGGAGAAAUGGAAAGGUGGAUUUUAACAGAGGGUGGAGUGAUUACAAAGAUGGGUUUGGCCAUUUUAAAACGAAGAACGAUGAGCAUUGGCUGGGCAAUGAACACAUGUAUGCACUUCUCUUGGGUGAGAGCAGUUUGAUGAAGAUAGAGCUUAUGGACUGGAAAGGGGCAGAGGCUCACGCAUUCUAUGAAAACUUCAGAAUUGCUGCUGAAAAGGAUAACUACAGGCUGCAGUUUGGCCUCUACAGCGGAACUGCUGGUGACGCACUGUCGGGAGGAGGCAAUGUGGAACAGCAGUGGUCUGCAUCACACAACAGCAUGCAGUUCAGCACCCCUGACUCAGACCACGACAGAUUCACACAGGGCAACUGCGCUAAAGAGAACAAAGGAGGCUGGUGGUUUAACAGGUGUCAUGCAGCCAACCUGAAUGGGAAGUACUACAAGAGAGGUGAAUACAAAGCCAAACACGAUAACGGGGUCCUCUGGUUCACCUGGCGGGGGUGGUGGCACUCCCUGAAAUUCACAACCAUGAAGGUCAGGCCUCCGUACUUCAUGGACAGCCUGGGGAGUGGAGACGGGGGCUCGAUCUAGCAGAAUGCAGAAUGAACGGCUGUAUCCCACACAGGGAACAGGACAUCCUGAGUCACCAGGGCUACUCCAGCAUGCCACCCCAUCAUUACUGCUAAAUCUCAGGUCACCUUGGAGACCCAUUCUACUUUUCAAACUGCAAAAGUUUAUAUACUAUAAAUUUCAUGAAACACGGGUCAACUUUACAGCAACUUUAGAAGCAAUUUUUUAAAUCACAUUUCAAGCAACUGUCAUUGUUUUGUACAGUAUUUUGCAACUUGAACCUUGCAAAUGGUGACGAUUGCUUUAAAAAGUAACCCAAAACAAACUGCUUCGAACAUUGUCAGAAUAAAGUUUUAAAUAGGAUAAUCAUGGAGAAUGUUUUCCACAUGGAACACUGUAGAUCAAUCCAGAAGCCUAGGCUGCCUUCCUGUAAUGCCCCAGAACUGUCUGGAGGCAUAUGAAAUGUUCUAGAAGUUUUACUGGGUUCAGAUCUAUUUGAAUUUCACAGAGCAGAUGUCAAUAUGUCAACACACACUUUGUCUUACUUAAGGUGGAAUGACCCUUAUUUACUGAAUACUCUAUAUUUGAUAAUGUACUGUUUGUUGGACUAAAGCCAAGGGAACGCUAGUCUACAUGUUGCUAGAAAAUGUAGAAUUAAAUCUGUUGCUACUACAUUGUUGCUUCAAAUUUCAGGGGACACUAUUCAACAAACAGUUUUAAACAAAAAGUAGGACUUGCUUUACUCAUUACUAUUAAGUUGUAUCAAUGAAAGCUUUUAUUUGAGACAAAAAUAACCACUGAAAACACCACUUGGGAACAAAAAUGUAAGAUAUACAGUUAACAUACCGCUGCAGUUUAACAUGAAUGUUCUAAUGCUUCAGUGUCGGUACCAGACCAGCUUUUAUUUUAUCAUUUCUAAUAGACUAUAAUGCCAGACACAACAUUAUGUUAAAAACGGUUCAUCAUAGUAAGUCAUUUUGUUCAAGGAAUAUAACAAUAGGUGUGUCGACUGUAAUACCGUGCCACUAGACCUCAUGGCAUUAACUGCCAGGAAUGGACCGAUUUACACUUGUUUACUUGCCUAUACCACCUAUUAAAAAAAAAAAAAAAAAAAAGGAAAACAAAUCACCCUAAAAAAAUCGGUAAGGAGAGUCUCGCUGACAAAUCCCACACCGGCUUCACAUUCACUCUUUCUUUGGGGGUAUGUUUCACCAGUGAAGAAGCUAGUCACAUGACUUUUUACAUCACUUUCAUUGGCUGAUUUAUUCUACGAUGUAAUGUUGCUUCUACAAAAUCAGUUGCUUGCAACAAAGCUGCCUGAAAUUAGUAGCUUGCAUGUCACUUUCUACAAAAAAAGUAGCCCUUUCUACAUUUUUCUUCCAACAUGUAGACUAGUGUCGUGUCCCCUCGGCUUAAGCUACAUUGUGUAUUUAUUUAAUCAUACAUUCUGAGGUAAAUCAAUUUGACAAACGUUUCAUCUAGUGUACAGUAGUUCAGAAACAGCUGGUUAAUAGCACUGUUGUGUGUGCAUACACAGUGAUAUUGUAUCAUGUGUCAUUAGAAAUUAACAGGAGUACUGAGGGAAAAUAGUGUUGUAUCUCUGCGUAUACUUUUAUAUUUUUGUUACAGGAACCUAGAAUGCAUUUAGGUAGAUCACAGAAUAAAAAUCUUAUUUUAUUGAUGAAACCUAUCAACAAUUAUUACAGGGACUGAAGAAUAUUAAUGUAAAUCUUUGUCUCACCACCAUUCAAAUAUCUUUAUUUGUGUUCCUGAAAAUAGGUUUAUUAUUUUGAAAUAAAAUGAAUAAUAAUAAUAAUAAUAAUAAUAAUAAUAAUAAUAAAAUAAAGUCAAUGCAUAUACAAACUUCUUGUUUUCAAAAUGUUAUUGAAACUACCUUUGAAUUUGGUUAUGUUACCCAUCCAGGGUAAUAUUUGGUUAUGUUACCCAUCCAGUAGUUACAGUCAGUGCCUCCUAAUCAGGAUUUCUGCUUAAAUGGGAUACAGCUCUGGGAGCCGGAUCUUCCCAAUGCUAUUUAUGUCAUUUAAUUG